AUGGGGCAUAGCCGUCUCAAGCUUUUGCUGGAGCGUACGGACGGGUAUGUGCGGUCGUUUGCAGAGAUGGUGGCACAGAGAAACAAGGACCGCAGAGAACGCGAACAGGACACGCUCAGGGCAGCCAGAGCGGCCGCAGGCGAUGAGGAGCCCGAUGAGGAUGACCUGGAUCUGCAGAACCAGACAGAGGUGGAAGCGCUGUUGCAGCAAGACAUCGACACGUCUGACUCUAAACAGUACUACAAGAUGGCGCAUUCCAUGAUUGAGAAGAUUGAUGUGCAGCCCACGACGCUUAUUGGUGGCAAGCUCAAGCACUACCAAGUGCAGGGUCUGGAGUGGAUGGUGUCGCUCUACAACAAUCAUCUCAACGGCAUUCUCGCAGACGAGAUGGGACUGGGCAAGACCAUCCAGAGUAUCGCGCUCAUUACAUACUUGGUAGAGAUCAAGAAAUUGGCGGGACACUUUCUGAUCGUUGUGCCGCUGUCCACCAUCUCCAAUUGGACUUUGGAGUUCCUCAAAUGGGCGCCAGAGUUGAGAGUGAUCGCCUACAAAGGAGGAAAGGCCGAGAGAGCUGCCUUGGACGUAGAGAUAAAGAAGGGCAAUUUUAAUGUGGUGCUCACAACCUAUGAGUUGGUGAUCAUCAACAAGGCAAUCCUUUCUAAGCCACGGUGGCAGUAUCUGCUCAUUGACGAGGGACACCGACUGCGCAACACCGAGAGUAAGCUCGUCAAGACCCUCAACGAGGCCUUUGACAUUCCCAGACGUCUGUUGCUGACAGGUACGCCGCUACAGAACUCUCUACCUGAGCUGUGGGGUCUGAUGAACUUUCUGCUGCCAGACAUCUUCAACAGCAGCGCCACCUUUGAGGAGUGGUUCUCGCGGCCCUUUGAGAACAGCGGCGGUGAGCUAACGGGUGUACAGCAGGCUCCCUUGAACGCCGAGGAGAAGACUCUAGUGAUUAGGUCUCUGCACAAAGUGCUUCGCCCGUUCUUGCUGCGUCGUGUAAAGAGUGAGGUGGAGAGUCAGCUGCCGCAGAAGACUGAACAUCUGAUCAAGGUGCCGAUGAGCAGGCUGCAAUUGGCCGUCUACAAACAGAUCAAGAACAACAGCACCAUUCUCGAGGAGGGUCAGCAGCAAAUCAAGGCAGGUGCAUCCGUGUAUUGUAAGCAGUAUGCGGAAAAUGUGUGUAAUAAUUUUAUAUAG